AAGCUUUUGUUUCAGAACUGGCAUUGUUGCAUCUCGUCCAGAGUUCAGCCAUGACGCGCUUUACUGUUCUCUUGCUUUCUCAGCUUCUAUGGCUCGGAGCUGUUGAUGGUCAGCGAACCGUCUGUCCAGCGAACGUCACAAGCGUCAUGAGGACUGAUGUUACUUCGUGUAAAGGCUCAAUCAAGAACCCGGAAUCUUGCUGUCAGUCGCUCCGGAAGAUGGAAACUAUAAUUCUGUCAGCGAACUACAAGAACGGCUCUGCCGACGUCAUGAAAAUAGUCGGGAGUCCGACGUACAACAAUGCUUGUCGUAGCAUGUUCCGCACGGUUUUACAGAAGAAAGGGGUGGUGGCAGAUGUCUUCGGCCUUUGCGGUGGAUAUUGGCUGUUUCCUCUUGCAGAGAAGGACAUCACCAAAAGCUCAUGCCCUUUAACGAGUUACGAAGAUGUCGGUUCGGUUAUUAAUUACAGGUCACUGUCAGCGUCAUGCAAUAAUGCAAAGUGCUCCAACCCUGCGACUCAGACUAAGACUUCAGCCUGUGGUCAAAGCAUUCUCGAAGCAGCCAUUAUGCUGACAGAGAAUGAUGCUCAGAUUAACGACUGGCAUCCAUCAACUUAACCUCUAUCUACCCACCGCCUCCAGCGGCUUCACCACCUGUCCAAAGUCCGGAUGCAUCAGCUCCAUCGCCUUCGGCAAAGCCUUCCUUCCCUGCACCAGCACCUGCCCCUGCGUCAUCACCAAAUCCAGGCUUAGCACCUGCUUCUGCACCUCCACCAGCACCGUCUUCAGCUGAAGCAAAUUCCUCAGUGCCAGCACCAUCUUCUGCACCAAGUCCAGCACCUGCAAGUUCUGCUAGCCCAGCUUCAGCGCCGUCUCCAGCACCAGCACCUAGCAACGGGAGUAUUGGUGUACCUGGAUCACUCAACGAACCUUCAGGAACCAAUUCAGCAUUCUCAGGACUGAUUGCUGUGCUGGUGAUGCUAUGCCUCUGGUAAAGGAAUCAGGCCCUGACAAGAGAAGUGAUGGCCAGUGGAAUGGAAGGGAACUCAGUAAAGCUCCAAAAAGGUUGUAGUAGCUUGGCACACAUGAUAUGGUAGAACGUUUCAUACCUGUGAUGUACAGUAUGUUUGGGAAUAAGUGCCACAAAGUGCG